AUGUUACAAGCUAAUGAAUUUAAGAAAAAGAAAAUUGUUAAAACUUCCGGAAUGAAAAGCAAUUCAGAGACGAUACAGAGAAUGCCUGGUGAAUCAUUUCGGAAUUUUAGCAGGUUGGAAGAUCACAUGAGACCAGAUAUAAUUAAAGCAAUGAAAGUAGGGAUGUCAACUAAAGACAAAGCCAAACGGUAUCUUACCAAAAAAUUAAAGGAAAAGAAAAAGGCCAAAGUAGAAAAAUUAAUGGAAGAAGUUAAUGCAAAAGAUUUUAAUGAUUUUCAGGAUAAAGUAAAAUUUGGUGAAGUAGUUCAAGCCCCUCCAUCAUUAUCUGUUAUACCUAAAAAUCGUGGUAAAAUUAAUCAAUUAAAGAAGGAUAAUUUUUGGAAGGAGAAAGAGCAAAAAAAGAAACAGUUGGAUGCUGUUAACAAAAGGAUCAUGGAUAAGGAGAGAGAAAGGGUAAUGACACAAUAUCGUAUUAUUAAAGCAAGAAAAUUGAUGAGUAAAGAUCAGUAUUUAAAAGAUUAA